AUGAAUUACGAGUCAUAUAGAGUUGUAGAGAAGUCUCCUUGUGGUAGAUACAUUAGAUACAAUCAUAAGUUGGGUGUAGGAGCUUCAAAACAAGUCUACAUUGGUUGGGAUCGCGUUCAAAAACUUGAGUUAGCGUGGAACAAAAUUGAAAAUGGAAAUUUGUUCAAUGAAGAAGCUAGUAUGUUGAAGUCGUUAAAUCAUGAAAGGGUUAUGAAGUGUUUCUCUUAUUGGUUUGAUUCUGAGUCCAAAACUAUGAACAUGAUCACAGAGUUAUUCCCCUCGGGGAGUUUGAAAAAGUACCUGAAUAAUGUCGUUGGUGUUUGUGGUGAUUUGGAGAGUAUCAAGAAUUGGGGCAGACAGAUUCUUGAAGGGUUGAGGUAUUUACAUAGUCAGAGUCCGAAAAUCAUUCAUAGAGACAUUAAGUGUGAUAAUGUGCUUGUUGAUGAUGAUGGAAAGAAAGUUAAGCUUGGUGAUUUUGGGUUGGCUGUUCGUAUUACAGAUGGUAGUUUAUUCGUGAAAGAGGCGAAAGGUACCCCUGAAUUCAUGGCUCCAGAGUGCUACGAUGGAGAAUACAACGAGUUAGUGGAUGUAUAUUCGUUUGGAAUGUGUUUACUCGAGAUGGUUACUGGUGAGUAUCCGUAUAUGGAAUUCAGCACUCAGGUUCAUAUAUUUAAGAAAGUGUAUGCUGGUGUAAAGCCUGCGUCUCUCGAGAAGGUGAAGGACUCAAGAUUGAAUGAGAUAAUCGAGAAGUGUAUGCUUCCUGCAUCUGUUAGGCCAUCUGCAGAAGAGUUGUUGAAAGAUCCAUUCUUUAUAUGUAACGAUGGAUCAUCAACAUCGGAGGCUCGUGCUCCUACUGUCAAUCGUGUUACUAGUCAUCCGUUCAAGGGAUUACAUUGUUGUGCUAGAGUCGUUGCUUGGACUCUUAGAAAAUGUCAACGUAUCCGUGUCAAAUUCUCCAAAAGCUGUGUAUUUCAUGCACCUGCUUCGAAAGUGAAGAGUCUGCACAACUUAAGCUAG